UUUUUGGACUUAUCUUUUUUCCUUUUAAUUCAGUCUACUUCUCGCUUCACUGAAACUAUGGAGACAGCCGGAGAAACGGCUCCGGCUCCGGCACCGGUGAAACCGUGGGGAGAGAUAGUAUCAGAAGCAGUGCUCUCAGUCUAUCGCCGUCUACCGAAGAAGGGAAAACCUCAGGGCCGUGAAGUCACUGUUUUGUCUGCUUUUCUUGCAUCUUCACCUUCACAAGAACUGAAAGUGAUUUCGCUGGGAACGGGGACAAAAUGCAUAGGGCGUUCGCGAAGGAGUUUGAAAGGUGAUGUUGUGAAUGAUUCUCAUGCUGAAAUUAUCGCAAGAAGAGCUCUACUAAGGUACUUGUAUUCAGAGAUUCAAGAGCUUUACAAUACUCAUGUCCAUAGCAAUGGAAGUGUGUUACGUGAUGUGGAAAACUCCAUGUUCCAUUUGGAGAGUGACGGUUUAGGACCAAAAAGAUUGAAAAUGAAGCAUGGGUGGCAGUUACAUUUGUACAUCUCACAAUUACCCUGUAGCUUCUUUGCAGGUGGAGUUGCCUCACCUGGUUCAGAGCUUGCUUUAUUGCAUAAUAGUCCUGCAAAGAAAGGGGACAUGAUGUGCUCAUCUAUGCAACUUAGUUAUUCAAAAGGGGAGUCGUCGGGAUAUACUGCAAUGAAUGAUGGUUGUUUUCUCAUGCCCUUUGGCACAGUCAAGCGAAAACCUGGUCGUGGAGAUACAACUUUGUCAGUCAGCUGCUCUGAUAAAAUUGCCCGUUGGAACGUGGUUGGUUUACAAGGAGCUCUACUUUCUUAUUUCUUGGAGCCAAUUUAUAUUUUUUCUUUGACCAUUGGACAAUCCAAUAUAGCUUCUAAAACCUCCAUUAUUGAAGAUGAUGUGAUGAGAGCUAUACACGAGCGUAUCUUACCAUUGUCCAACAAGUUAAUGGAGCCAUUUCAAGUGAACAAGCCACUUGUCUUUGUUGCGCCAAUUCCACCCGAAGAGUUUCAACAUUCUGAAACUGCUCUGAAUACUUUAACAUGUGGGUACUCCAUAUGCUGGAACAACUCUGGAUUGCAUGAAGUCAUUCUUGGAACCACUGGCAGGAAGCAGGGCACUUCUGCAAAGGGCGCUAUGUCUCCUUCCACUGAAUCUUCUCUAUGCAAGAAGCGCUUUUUGGAGUCGUCCUUAUCACUAUCACGUAACUGCUUAGGUGAACAUGCUUUUGUUGGGAACUCUUAUCGAGAACUAAAGGAUAAGUCGCAAGAAUAUAAUUUAGCUUCAGAAAUCUUCAAAGGUAGUUCAAAUUUCAAGAACUGGUUUCUGAAACCUCAAGAUUUUGAGGCCUUCUCAUUCAUGGCUCCGUGAGUGCCUUGCAGGGACGAUGGUGGAUCUGUGAAUGUAUUUGACGGUUGAAGUGCUGAACAUGGCCCAUGGGUUGUGGCUCAUUUUGCGGCAGAGCCUGAUAAUUCGAGCCCUUUCUGGGCUAACUUCGUUGAAUUGCCAGGGGAAUUACUCAAAUCAUGUGAUUCAUAUAUCUUGCCCUGUUGUUGAGAAUUAAAAAUCUGAGCCAUGAUGCAUUAUGCAUACAAAAGGGUAUUGUAAGUUGUCACUCUUGCUGUAUGACUUCAUUGCACACUGCUUAGAGGAAGGCCUGACAUUUUAUUGUGUUGCAAUGCAGAACGUCACAAUAGCAUUCACAAGAUAUUCAUGGCCAUUUAGGAAAAGUAGAUGAUUAAAAGAACUUUGAUAGAGCUAGGUAAUAUUUAAAAACCAUCCCUUUUUGCCUCUUUUUAACUCUUUUUGAGAGUAGUUUCUUGUGUUAGUGAAGUGUAAUUUGUUUGCACAUGAAUGAAGGAUUAGUCUGUAAUAUCAGCUCAUUAAAAUGAUGUUAUGGCUUUGA